AUGAACCCCAUCCUCCUCAUUCUUCUCGGCUUCCUCCAGCUGGCAUCGGCCCACUUCCGUGUGGAUUAUCCCUACUGGCGAGGAGAUUCCUUCAGCACCCAGUACACUAGGCCCUGCGGCGGCGUUAACGUCACAAACAACCGUACUGAAUGGCCCCUUGACGGAGGCUCCAUCCGUUUCAGUCCGUCGCACAAAUGGGCCUUCACAUAUGUCAAUCUUGCUAUUGGCAACGAUGAUACAAUGAUUUUCAAUAUCUCUCUCGUGCCCGUGUUCAACCAGACCGGCAAUGGAACCUUCUGUUUCCCAAAGGUCAAGCUACCAAGCGGCUUGUCAAUCUCCGCCGGCACAAACGCCAGUAUCCAGGUCAUUCAAGCCAGUGAAUUUGGCUCCUCUCUGUACAAUUGUGCUGAUAUCACAUUCACUGAGAACGCACGGACACUUGGCAACGAUCAGUGCCAAAACUCAACUAACGUUGGCGGCGUUGCAAUCGGCGGCUCCAUAUCGAUGCCAAGUGGCACAUCGCCUAGCAAGCCCACAGCAUCGGGCUCAAGUGCUGCAGGGUCCCUGGCAAGCACAUCUACCUGGAACGCAGGAAUUGCUGCAAUUGUGUUCGGUUUGAUUGGAAACCUCUUAUAA